UGUCCGACAACGUCGUGGAGACGUUUGGUCUGUGUUGGACGAGAGUCGAUGAGAGUGUCCUUCGCUUCUUCAAGGAGAGAAUUCUGCUGAAGCUUCGUGGCUGGCUCCGCCCGCAAACUUGCCGCUCUAGCACCGAUCACUCGCGGGGGUUGACGGCCUAGCGACGGCUAGCAACUGGCCCGCUGGCAAUGGAUCUCGCUAGCAUGUUGUGCAUCCAGCGCCGCUGUGGACGUCAUGCGAGUUUGCACGUAUCCUGUUUUGCGAGAAAGAUCUGUAUGGUGGUCGGUGGGUGUCGCUCUGAACUUCACCGCCAAGUGCCACGUGGAGGUCGUUUCCUGGGCAUUCAUCGAGCUUCGGGAAGGUCCAUUUUCUUCACGCGUUGGUGUGGCCUGAGGUGCUGCAAACGCGGAGCAGAACUUGUGAGGUUGGGGACGGGUUGUCGCCACGUCGACGAGGCAACUAACAAGAGGACAAGGCUCUUUGCGUUGGCCGACUGCGGUGCCAUCAUGGUGUUCCCGGCGCGAUGCCCAGACUUGCAGGAGAGACAGGAUAGACAAAGUGAAGUUGUUUGACGACUUUUGUAUGCGAGACUGGAACGCUUGGAACUCACACUAGUUUGUGAUCCGAUGGACUGCAAAUAUCGAGUCGCAACGUGGUGGAAUCGGUAAAGGCUCCCUUCUUCAUCGUCCGCAAGUUUAAGCGAUGUCGCUUCUCUUGAAUUCGGGGGCAAAACGAAAACGAAACCCCACCACCACCAAGACGCCGGUACACGAUGGGGUUCGCGGCAAGGUCAGCCUCCGCGUGUU